CUCGGCCGACAGACGCGUCCGCGACACCGACCAGAACGGAGGUGCUGUUCUCUCUGCGUUUGAACGGGGCUCGUCUCGAACGAACCUCUCUCGUCGUGCGAACAGUCAGUCGUCCGUGCCUCUCGCUCGUACCGAGAGCGAGCCGCGCCGAUCCGCGCGACGGCAUAAUAUCGUCGUGCCGCGGCUACAACCGUGAUCCAGGAUCCAAGUGAUUUCCGUUCCGGAAUCGAACCGGUGGAAGCUCUUCGGUUACUUUUUCUUUAUUUUUUUUUUCAUUUCUCUGUGGAUCAGUGAACGAUCGCCGUCGAAGAGCGGGCCCGUGCGACUCGAGCCGAGCCGAGUCGAGUCGCGAAUCGCCAAGUGUGCGUGAGAAAGUAUAAUAUACCGGGGGUGUGCUCCAGGCGAGAAGGAUACCGCCUCGUUUCGCUGCGUCUCGUUUCUUGUGCUCCUCGUGAGAGAUCCUCCCAGUGGUGCGAUCUUUGACUCCGCAGUUUCUUGCUCCGUUCUCCUGCCGCCGUCAGGAGGAGACUCGCUCGGUGGUGGUGCCCGGCAGUGUUUUUUUCAGUUUCUUCUCCUGUUUCUCUCCGGCCUCUCUUCUCUCACUCUUUAUUUUCCCUUUCUUCUUUUCUUUCCCGUUCUCCUUUCGGAGCGGGGGAGGAGGUGAAAAUUUGUCCCCGGUGAAGAAACAGUUGAUCGAAACGCCAAAUGUGGUUCCCCGUUCGUCGGUUCUGUCGUCGACGGAGGUGAAGUCGGCGGAGGCUACGCGCGAGCAACGGCCGCGUUGUGAUGUUCGACGGGUUUAUCGUCGUUCCUCGGUGGCUCGUGUGAUCCCGUCGGAUACUCGUUGUCGAGCCGCGGCUCGAUCUCGGAGUGCCGUCGAACUGUUUGGAUAGCGUGUCGGAUCGCAUAGUAGUUCCGCGGCCGGAGUCGCGAACCCCGGAGUGUUCGUUCGGAGUAUUCGUGCGUUUUCCUCGGCGUCGGCGAAACUUUGGACCAAUGAGAGGGCUUGCCGCAAGGUGCGCUCCAGGUGAGAGAAACACGGGGUGGACCCAUGGAACAACGCGUACCUCGGCGGACACCGUUGGAAGCAGCAGCCGAGCAUCGGAGAAACUCGAUCGGUUCUUCUAAUCGGCGGCCGAUCGCGACCGAUUCGAUCGAACAGCCCCGUCGCGAGCACCGGGUUCAGGAUCGUCUCUGACUCGGCUCCGUUUCUCGAGGAUCAUCCUACCGAGAAGACGAGUCCGUGAGAAAGAGAGCGAGAGAGAGAGAGGAAGAGAGCGAGGCCCGGGUGUGUGCGCGCCGCUUUCCGCUGGGAAUGUCUCGAGGAUAACCGGCCGGGAAAAACAGGAUACCGGAGAGUGUUCGCGAGCUGGCAGAAUCGGGAAAAACGCGACGGAGAACCGUUAGCCGUUCGGGAAAGUGAAGCGUGGAUGUGGUGUUCGUGCAACGGUGGUGGAACGUGGUUGUGGACGGCAGCAACGAAGGUGCAGGUGUUGUCGUUGCUGUUCCCGUCGUCGUCGUCGUCGUUGUUGUUGUUCCGUUCGCCGUCGACGUCGACGUCGUUGUUGGUUGUUGUCGCGUCCCGGUGAACGGUGGGUGACGGUGUGGUGCUGCUCGUUGUCCACGUUGUUACGAUGGUUUCCACGUCCUUUGUGACUUUGGUGUUCCUCGUCUGCCUGCAAACGGUUCUGCUGUCCACUGUGAGCAAUUGCGCGAAGACGAUCAGCAUGUACUGGAACACCACCAACUCUAUAUUUCGAAUAGACAAUACGGAUCACAUAAUAGACGUGAACAAGAACAACGCGGCGUUCGAGUACGACCAAGUGAACAUAAUAUGUCCCGUGUACCAGCCGGGGACGUAUGACGACGACGCGGAGAAGUAUAUCAUCUACAACGUGUCCAAGGAGGAGUACGAAACAUGUCGGAUAACGAAUCCGAAUCCGCGGGUGAUAGCAGUCUGCGACAAGCCGUUCAAGACGAUGUACUUCACGAUCACCUUCAGGCCGUUCACACCGCAACCCGGAGGCCUGGAGUUCCUGCCGGGACACGAUUACUACUUCAUCAGCACCUCGACCAAGGAGGACCUUCACAAGCGCAUCGGCGGAAGGUGCUCCAGCAACAACAUGAAAGUCGUGUUCAAAGUCUGCUGCGGCAACGAAGCUGACACCUCGUCGUCCUCCGCGACGUCGCGCAACAACUCCGUGCCCGUGACCAGCAGCACCGUGCCAAGCAGCAGCUCGACCAGCACCGGAGUUUUGGGUGGAGGAGCCGGCGGAAUGGCACCCCAGCCACCACCAAGCGUCCUCAAGGGCGGAGAUCGAUUCUACCCAGGGGGCAACAUUCAUCAUCAUCACGAUCAUCAUCAACCGGCCACGGCAGCGCCGACCCUGCCCCACGCGCCCCCUCCGGCUAUCUACCCCGUGCAUCCGCAUCAGCCUCCGAUUCACAAUGGACCGCCGUCUUCCUUGCCGCCCAAGACCUCGAUCGGCCAGAAGAAGAAGAACAAAGAGUAUUCGGACCACCCGAACGAAGUGGUGAAGAACGAAGAGUUGACCUACAACGGGGCGAGUUCCAGCCGAGUUCAAGAUCGGUUCAGCCAACUGUUGGUGGUGGUUACUGGAAGCCUGGCGAUCAGCGUGCUUCUGCCGCAGUUGUUCCGGUGAAGCGACGGCGCCGCCGACGAGAACGUAUACCCCAUACGUCGAAACCCCUUUUUCUGUGAUUAUCCUACGUUUAAUUAAUUUCUUGAGGCACGCGCGUAUAGCCCCGCGCGCGGCCGCCCCUCGAUCGUGAAAAAGUAAAACGCGCACGAUUUAUGGUCGGACUGCCUCGAGAGAGAUAGAACGGGAAAGCUUAAUCGUGAGAAGAAGACGCAGGAAGACGAUAAAACCUAAAAAACAGAAACCAACCAGACUAAAAAAAAAGAAAACAAGGAGACGAAAUAUAUUAUACAUAUACAUAAAUUCGUACGUAUACACAUCUCGUGUCUGUACGGAUAUGCCACCUAACCACGCGUAUAUGUAUACGGAUAGCCGCGUGUGUAUGCGUACGCGUAUGUAUGUGUGUAUAUAUGUAUACGUAUACGUAUACGGAUUUGUAUACGUACAUCCGUAAGGGUUUUGGAAGCGUAGAUCGACGAAGAUCGAUGAGCGUAUUAUAAAAAAAAAAACAUCGUCGGGAGAAGAGACACGCAGCACAACUCACACGGAGCAGCAACGCCAUAAUAUUGAAAAACAAAAACGUAUAUAAACUAUCGGGAGAGUAAACGUAAAGGAAGAGGAGGAAGAGUAUGAAAACGAGGACGGUAGAUAGUAAGAUUACAAAGACGAAAGAGAAAGACGAGACGAGGCGGAGAGAGAGAAAACGCUACUACUAGACACUAUUAUAGUAUGCCCACUAUUAUCACUACUAUAAAUGGUAGUCGUAUUGGUUGUCCUUCUUAUCAUUACGCUAAUUCUAGAUAUUUAUUCGAAAUACGAGGAAAACGUGAGACGAAGUCGUGUGAACAGCGUGCUAAUUAUUCUCUAGCGGGGGGUGGGGGCACGAAGGCGCUGGAGACACCUGCCGGGGCAGCGGGGAAGCUGUGCGAGCUUCGCCGUGCGAUCCCCGCGGUCGAGCGAUACGACCGCCAGGAGGUCGACGGACGAGCGAACGGUCCUUCGUUGCCGGCCAACUCUCGGGGCCGUUUUACGGAAACGGCGAUCCGAGAUCGUUAACACAGUAACCAUUACAUACGUGCAGCCGUUCGUUUCACGUGAACGGACUCGGAGGAAUAUAAUUAUCCGACGAACGACGAACCAAAAGCGACCGUUUUACGAGCCGAUUUACACAGACCGAGAUUUCUCGCCAGUCUCUUUCUUCCCGAUCGAACACGUCCAUACACAGAUACCGCAGUCUCGCGAUGCGCGCUGGGCAUUGAAUCGAGAACUAAUCCAGGAAUUAGUUCGGACGGAGAGUCGGGUCGGGUGUCCGACCGGGAGAAGACCGGCCGGGCGAUCCGAGUCGACGAAACGAAGGACCGUUCGCGCGCGUGCUUGAACGAGGAACGCGACCAGGAUAAUUAGCACGCGUGUAAAUAAAUUCCUAAUGAAUAUGUACAAGUGGCCCUUGGCUCACGAAUCGCCGGGCCAAGGGGGAUUUAAGAGAGUGCCGUAUACUAGGUAAAAAUCUUAUAUAUGACACACGCGAGGAAAGAGUGCGAUAUACGGUGUGCGUGGGGAACAGUGUGCGUGCGCGCGCGCGCGCGCGUAUGUAUGUGCGUGCGUGUUCUGUUUGGCGCGGAUCGAACGAGGAUCGGCGCCGCGGUAUCGUCAGUGUCAUAAAACAGUAAAACCUGCGACGAACCUUUGUUAUGUUCCGGCGGGAUCGUGUGUGCGUGUAUGUGUGCAUGUUCAUGUGUCUAUGUAUGUGUGUGUGUGUGAGUACGUAUACACGAUAGAAUGAGAAACGAAGCGGCAUAUUUCGUCUUUGCUGCGACGAGAAGAAUUCCUCGCUUCGGAUGUCGGGCGUCGUCGAAUUACUAUGAAGCGAAGCGAGCGAGCGAGCGAGUGCGCAUGCGUGAAAGAGAGAGAGACUGACCGCGGAGCGAGAUAAUUGAAGAGAAAUUUUUGUAUCAUAGUUGUACCAUACCGAAACACUAUCUUAUAGAUCUGUAUUAUAUUUAUUCUCCGCUAUCAUUACGCUACGAAUAAUCACACUCGAUAUUCUAUAUUUACUAGUAAAAAUAUCAAAUUUCACUAGCGAAUAAAUUGCGUAUUCGGCGGGGGUUUAUAGGCGACACGACGCGAGCAGGGCGAAGGUUAGAACACGAUCAGCUCUCACCUGUCAUCAUCGGAUCACAACCGCCAUUCGUUGUUCUCUUCCUUUUUUUAGAUUUCCUCAAUCUGUGGGACGCUCGAAGCGUGGUGUCGAACCCGCGUAACCGAGACACGUCGCAGCCGCGAUCCGUUUUGCAAGCUUCGACCGGUCCGGCCGUUGUGACCGUUCGUUCCAUUGUACCGCCAUUAUUCUUUCGCACCCUAUUUAUUGUUCGCCGAAUAUACAUUCGUUUCCACACACACAAACACGCGCGCGCGCGCGCAACUCGCGUUUCUUUGUCGACGAUCGUGCAGGAUUAUUGUCCGAUCUAACUAAAUACAGAAAACGGUCACACACGACCGUCGCCCGCGCUGCCACUCGGAACUGUACCGCGCGCGCACCGACGACAGCGACCUCUGCGCACGCGUUGAAACUCCGUUGCACGAUUCAAACGCGCCAUACAUCGUUCGAUCCAUCCUCUGUUAAACGCGCACCGACGAUCGUUGUUGUACCGGGCAUCGUUGUGCUCGACGAUCGCGCGAACACGCAAUCAAUCAACUUGUCUCUGUAUCUCUGCCGAAAACACAGUACCGUACAUACUGCCAUGGGCCACGACGCCGCGCGACGACCGUCGAGCACGUACCUCGGAUCGCGAGUCGCAGCACAACAGCGUCGCGUGCGCGCAUGCGCGGCCGGCGACGGCCUCCGGCCGUGCGCGCCGCUUCAAUUCGAAACUUCGAAAGUUUCCCGCGUUAAACGGCGUCGGCCUAUCCGUUGCUUUGCGAGAAAGCCUGAUUUGAUUCACGAUUAGCAAGCCUCGACGACGAUCGGCGGAAUUCUGUUCGAUGCUGCAUCAGCGAGAGUCGCUCCCGAAGACCGGUUGUGAACGGAGCUUAAUCGACGCGAGGAGAACCAUCUUUGGGGAUCGUCCGAGGAUAAGGAGAGGGAAGCGUGAAGAACGGCGGCCAGAAGCUGUGUCUCGUGUCGGCCGAGGGAAAAAAAGAAAAUGAAUCGAAUGGCGACUAGAAGAGUAACGAGUUAUUGUAAAUACGAGUAUGCGGAGAAAGGUAUAGAUGUAUCGUACGAGACGCAGUGCGCGAGAGAGGAAUAGAGUGUGUGAAAAUGCGAAACAGAGAGAAAUAGAGCGAGAAAGAAAGAAAGAGAGCGAGAGAGAGAGAGAGUAACAGCGACCCCAAUUCCGAAUCGUAGCUAAUAAAAAAUGAAAUGUAUCCUGAAGGCUGCUCGAUUGACCGACUCGUUUUCAUCGUUCAUCGAUGGCUCGUCAUGGUCCUUGAUUACUAACGCGACAACCAAGUAGGAGAGGGUCGUCAACGACACAACGAUCAGCCGGGAAUGUUGAGGGAAAUUGAACGUCGGAAAUUGAAUGCGUGUAUAAUGUUAUCCAAUACAGUAUUGUAAGCCUAAGUAUUACAUGCCUCCGAUCCACGUCUGUUUGUCUGUCUGUCCGUUCGCCUGUCUGUUUACAGUUUGUACUUUUACGACCCAUGUGUUAUAAUCGCAAUAGCAAUCCGUAAUCGUACGAGCGAUCGACGAGGGGUAGGAGGACCGGCGGUCGGUCUCCCGUGUCCACGAUUCGACGAAUUCCGUUCAGCGUUUCCGUUUCUAAUAUACGUUCUAUACGUCACGUGUCGUCACAUUCCUUUCGCGUUCCGUUGACUAUCGCGUCGCGUUUCACGAAAAAGGCACGUACCACGUUUUUUUCUCUUUUUUUUUUCUUUUUUAGUUUCUCUAGUCGUAGAACCGAUACACACACACACACACGAUCGCUGACCAACCCGCAAAUCGAAAACCCAAAGACAAUCACCUGUGCACAGUGUAAUAACCGCGUUCGCGUAACGCACUCGGCCCCGUAGAUCAGUUUCGCCCCUAAGUAGCCGCCGUUUCACGAUACCGUUUUUCAUAGGAUACGUAUAAACGAACACGUUCGUCGUCGUCGUUGUCCCCCACCAAAUGUAGGAGCAUUUCACACGCGCGAUGUACAAAAUGUUUCUCUUACGUACAACUUCGUUUUGCGGGUCCCUCAGAGCUUGUCGCGAUUUCAUUUUGUCCGCGCGCGCGGUGCACCCGGGGUGCAACCACCGGGCCCCCAAUGCGUUUGUACAUUGAUUGCGGCGCGAUGCCCACACACACACAUACAGACGUACACGUACACGCAUUCAGAGACACAGAAAUAUCGGAAUCGUGGAUGCAACGGAGGACUGCGACUCCUCCCCUCGGCGCGGCCAACCGGAUCCAUCGAUCGGCUCGAUAGCGAAUUUAAUCAGAACCAGCGGAACGAUGCCCGUAAAAAGAGAAAAGAAAAAAGAAGACAAGAAAGAAAAGAAUUACAUAAAUGCAAUAGCAAUGCAGCAACGUUACAUAGAUCCAUUGUGAAUGGUACACAUUUUUACGGACGAUAGGUGAAUAAUAGUAAUAACAAUAAUAUAGACUCGAACUAUCGAUAGAAAAUAGACAAGGUCACUCACUGCAA